GGUGAAUUCAAGCUCCUCAAAGCAGAGGAAGUGGCCAAGCUGUGGGGUCUCAGAAAAAACAAAACAAAUAUGAACUAUGAUAAACUGAGCAGAGCCCUGCGAUACUAUUAUGACAAGAACAUCAUCAAGAAGGUGAUUGGGCAGAAGUUUGUGUACAAGUUUGUCUCUUUCCCGGAGAUACUGAAGAUGGAUCCGCACGCGGUGGAGAUCAGCCGGGAGAGCCUUUUGCUGCAGGACAGAGACUGUAAGGUCCCUGAGGGCCGCGAGGCACACAAACACAGCCUGUCAGCCUUCAAAAGCACAAGCCGCAACGAAUACAUCCACUCAGGCCUGUACUCGUCUUUCACCAUCAACUCUCUGCAGAACCCUCCAGAUACUUUCAAGGCAAUCAAGACAGAGAAGCUGGAGGAACAGCCCGAAGACAGCCCUCCUGUGGAAGAGGUCAGGACUGUCAUCAGAUUUGUGACCAAUAAAACCAGCAAGCAUGUCACCAGGCCCGUGGUGUCUCUGCCCUCCACGUCUGAGGCUGCAGCUGCAUCUGCCUACCUGGCCUCGUCCGUCUCCGCCAAGAUCUCCUCCCUAAUGCUGCCAAAUGCUGCCAGCAUUUCCUCCACCUCGCCCUCCUCAUCUCGGUCCCCGUCCCUGUCCCCAAACUCGCCCCUCCCUUCUGAACACAGAAGCUUCUUCCUGGAGGCCGCCUGCCAUGACUCGGAUUCCCUGGAGCCCUUGAACCUGUCAUCGGGCUCCAAGACCAAGUCUCCAUCUCUUCCCCCAAAGGCCAAAAAACCCAAAGGCUUGGAAAUCUGUGCACCCCCACUGGUGCUGUCGGGCACCGACAUUGGUUCCAUCGCCCUCAACAGCCCUGCCCUGCCCUCAGGAUCCCUCACCCCUGCCUUCUUCACCGCGCAGACACCAAAUGGAUUGCUUUUGACCCCGAGUCCACUGCUAUCCAGCAUACAUUUCUGGAGCAGCCUUAGUCCAGUUGCUCCGCUGAGUCCUGCCAGGCUGCAAGGGCCAAACACGCUGUUCCAGUUCCCAACACUGCUGAACGGCCACAUGCCAGUGCCAAUCCCCAGUCUGGACAGAGCUGCUUCUCCAGUACUGCUUUCUUCCAGCUCUCAGAAAUCCUGA